UAACGGUAAAUUGCAAUUAAAAGAAAAUUAAAAAAAGAAGAAAACGCAAGAGACGUGUGUUUUGUCGUCUCGUGAAGGAACGCCUCCUGGUGGACGCGUGUCAACAAACGAGAGGCUGGAGGUUUGGUUACGCGUUAAACGCAUCUCAAACUUGUCUUUCUCUCUCUCUCUCUCUCUCUCUCUCUCUCUCUCUCUCUCUCUCUCUCAAGCUCUCGACGAAGGCGUUAUGUUUGGCGAUUUGAUCGAUUAUGCAUGUGAUUGAGCCUCUUGUUGUUAUGAUCGGUUGUUACAUGUUGAUUCUCGUCGAAUCCUACUCUCGGUGGUUCUCCUCGACGGCGCCGGAGCUUUCACGCAGUGGCUCGUCUCUAAUCAAAAGUGUAUCGGUGGCGACGGAGGUCUCCUCUACGGUGCGGGAGCUCUCCUCGACGGCGACGGAGCUCUCCUCGAUGGCGAUAAAGCUGUAUGUCGGUGGCGACGGAGCUCUCUCACAGUGACUCUCCUCGAAUCGAAGGUAAAGCUUCUGUUGUCUCAUGUUCUGAAAUUUUUUAAAUUUUUCAUGGAUCAAAAUCGAUUUGUUGUAUGGAUGGAUCAAAUUUGAUAUGUUCCAAAAUCACUGAUAAAAUCGUUUUGUAUAAGUUCUGACUUGUUGUUUGAGUGUGUGGGUUUCUCAAAUACAUUGUUGAUCAAGUUAGUAGUCUCUGACUUCCGGUUUCUCUGUUUGUAUGUUUUCAAUCUCAACGAUCCACGGUGCAAGAGGAAGGAACCUCAAAGCAGAAGAGUGCAAAGCAGAGCAAUACAGACUAGAGCAUUGAGUCACGGAGGGUGAGUGAAGAGAAGACAAAAGAGUUCGUCACGGACACUCAUGUCACGGAGCGUGAGUGAAGAAAAGACAAGAGAGAUAGUGAGUCACGGACACACAUAGUGAGUCACGGACACACAUAGUGAGUCACGGACACACAUAGAGAGUUGUAUCACAUUUUGUCUUGUAUUAUAUUGUACCAUAAAUCAUGUCACGGACACAAGUUUUCAAAGGGUGUAUAAAUGAAACUUUAUAAACACAAGUUCUCAAGUUAUUUCAAACUUCCAUAUCAAGUCCACUUCUCUCUCUCAAGUUAUUUCAAACUUCUUCUAUCUCUUUUAUAAACACUUAAUCACUUUCUUCCUUCACAAGUUCUUCUAAAUCUCUCACUUUAUAAACACUUCAACACUUAAUCAAUUUCUUCCUUCACGUUAAACUCUUAAUCACUCUCUAUAUAAACUCUUUUUAAUCACGUUAAUGGCUUCUUCUUCUUCUCACAACACUUUCGAUGAUGCUUUUGAUGAUACAUUUGAUGAUACAUUUGAUGAGCUAUUUGAUCAACAUUUUGAUCAAGCAUUUGAGGAUUUUACCAUUCAAGCAAAUCAAGAAGAACGAAGAAAAAAAAGAAAAAAACGAGCUUAUAUUGAAAGACAUCGUGAAGAAGGGCAUAAUCGUUUAUGGAACGAUUAUUUCAGUCAAACUCCAACGUAUCCUCCUUUAUUAUUCCGACGACGUUUUAGAAUGAACAAGCCAUUGUUCAUGAACAUUGUGGAUCGACUCUCCAACGAAGUUCAAUAUUUUCGGGAAACAAAAGAUGGUCUCGGAAGGAACAGUCUCUCUCCACUUCAAAAGUGUACCGCCGCUAUUCGUGUCUUGGCAUAUGGUUCUGCAGCUGAUACCGUCGACGAAUACCUCCGGCUCGGUGAAACAACAACUCGGUUAUGUGUAGAAAAUUUUGUGGAAGGGAUAAUAAAUUUGUUCGGCGAAGAAUACCUAAGAAAACCAACACCAGCUGAUCUUCAACGUCUACUUGAUAUUGGAGAGUAUCGUGGUUUUCCCGGGAUGAUAGGAAGCAUCGAUUGUAUGCAUUGGGAGUGGAAGAAUUGUCCCACCGCUUGGAAAGGUCAAUAUGCUCGUGGUUCGGGUAAACCAACAAUCGUUUUAGAGGCGGUUGCUUCAUAUGAUCUCUGGAUAUGGCAUGCGUUUUUUGGACCUCCAGGUACGUUAAAUGAUAUCAAUGUUCUUGAUCGUUCACCAGUUUUUGAUGACAUAAUAAAUGGUCAAGCUCCGAAAGUCACUUUCUCUGUCAACGGACAUCAGUAUAAUAUGGCUUACUAUCUCACUGAUGGUAUUUAUCCGAAAUGGUCAACUUUUAUCCAAUCUAUUCGUAUACCACAAGGGCCGCAAGCAGUUUUAUUUGCUCAGCAUCAAGAAGCUGCCCGAAAAGAUGUAGAGCGGGCUUUUGGAGUCUUGCAAGCUCGCUUUGGCAUUGUUAAAAAUCCAGCGAGGAGUUGGGAUAAAGUAAAAAUUGGGAAGAUUAUGAGAGCAUGUAUCAUACUCCAUAAUAUGAUCGUCGAAAACGAAAGAGACGGUUACACUCAAUUUGAUGUUCGAGGGUUCCAACAAGGAGAAGACCAAGGAAGUUCACAUGUUGAUCUCACGUAUUCUACAGAUAUCCCUUCAAAUAUCGCAAAUAUGAUGGGUGUUCGAACAAGAAUUCGUGAUACACAAAAACAUCAACAACUGAAAGAUGAUUUGGUUGAACACAUAUGGCGUAGAUUUGGAGGUGGUGAAGACAACAAUUGAUCUCUGAUGCUUAUUUCAAAUAAUUCUCGUUCAUUUUAAUAAUCUUUGUUUUCAUGUUUUUAAUUUAAAAUCUAUGUUUACUAUGUUGUCUUUUAUUUACUAUUAAAUAUAGGUUUUUAAAUAAAUAUUCAAUAUUAUUU